GAUGAUGAGUGUGACAAGAGCUCUGCUAAUUGUUUCACUUUUUGCAGCGAAAGGAGUUCACUCAACUGAAUAUGUUCCCUCGGAGGAGAGGGAAGUAUCCUCACUUGGGGAUUAUGAACGCCUCAUGGAUCUGCGUUCCUUGGGAAAGGAGUUCGUCCGGGAGUUCCAGAACAUUUCCUCACAGGACCUGCACCUCCUCGAGGGAAGAACCACUGAACAGGAUCUAGUUUGCCUGGCUGAUCUGGCCCAGUUUAUGAAGGACCUAACUGCACCCAAAUUGUGGGCCCUUCAAAUGAUUGAUUCGUGGGGCUCCAUUCCGUCUGGGUAUUUGAAGGGUUCGAACACGGACAUGGGAAACUACGAUGAGUGCGUGGAAUUGGACAGAGCCAUCACAGAUUCCCACAGCAUCAGGGGAAAGUUCUGCUUUCUUUCCCUGCCAGUUGCCAAGUGGCUUGGCUUCAAUUCGGAGCUCUUGAAGUCCACCUAUAUAAAAACUGCGGUCUGCUUUCCCUCAUCCUGUUCGGCAAGUAACUUCGAGGGCUUUCUGAAGAGAGUCCUGCAGAGAGUCCUGGGCUUGAGCGACCCCAGUGCUCUGUUUUCCAUCAGCGAGGAGACUUGCCGAACCAAUGAGAGCGAACCCCUCGAUGGCCUAACCAUUUUCACUCUUGUCCUGAUUGGCGUAUUUCUAGCUACGGCUGUUCUCUGCACACUCUAUGAUUACUUUUUGUGCUCAAAUCAGGAGAAGCUGCCCAAACUUGUGAGGAUUUUCUCAGCUCGUGCAAUCUCCCGAGACUUAUUUACCCUUGCCGAGAACAAGGAUACUCCGAAUGUGAUCCACUGCCUGAAUGGCAUGCGCUGCAUGUCCCUGAUUUGGGUGGUCUUUGGACAUGACUUCACCAGCAACCUGGCUGCUGCCUCCACCAACGAGGCGUACAAGAUCACGUGGAUGUCGCAGGCGUUUUCCAGCUUCAUACUCUACGCUCCUUUCUCGGUGGACACAUUCUUCUUCAUCAGCGGUUUGCUUUUGGUGGCCAUUGGCUUGCGCUCCUUGGAUAAAACCAAGGGAAGUUUGAAUGUGCCGCUGAUGUACUUGCACCGAUAUCUUCGACUAACUCCAAUUGUAAUCGUGGCUCUAUUGGUUUAUACGAAACUACUUUCCCUUGUGGCCGAUGGACCCAUGUACAAUAUUUCCGUGUUCUCCGAUUAUUCGGUUUGCAAGAGCAAUUGGUACUGGGACUUGCUCUACGUGCAGAACUAUGCCACCGAUGAUAUAUGCCUUCCACACACUUGGUAUUUGGCUGUGGACAUGCAGCUCUACAUUUUGUCGCCCAUCCUGCUGGUUGCCCUCUACAAGUGGGGCAAACGGGGAGCUGCAGGGAUUGUCCUGCUGAUCCUGCUGUCCUCCGCUUCUCUCUUCGUCACAAUUAUGAUAAACGAUUAUCACGUCAUGUUCAAAGAUGGACUGAUGAUGCCAGGGGUCCAGAAGAAGAUCUACAAUGCCACCCAUAACCACGCAGCUCCUUGGUUGAUUGGAGCACUCUUUGGUUACUUCCUGCACUCCAUUCGGGGAAGGGAAAUCCGGCUGCAUGUCGUCUUGGUUUGGAUGGGAUGGCUGCUCUCGUUGGCCGUGAUGUUCACCUCGAUGUUUGCCCUGUAUCCCUAUGCCAGAUUCCUGGGUCCUUCGCCCACGAUUUUGGAGGGAGCCCUCUACUAUACACUGACCCGAAUCGGGUGGCCCUUGGCCCUUUGUUGGGUGGUAUUUGCCUGUCUUAAGGGUUAUGGCAGUCUGGCCAAUAGCUUUCUGUCCUCGCCAUUGUGGCAACCGAUCUCCAAGCUGUCCUACUCCGCCUACAUUUGGCACGUUUUCAUCCUGGAGGUGAAUCACCGAAGGGUUCGGUCGGUUUCCUACUUCUCGAAUUAUGAUGCGAUGCUGAGUUUCUGGUCCUGUUUUGGGUUCACUCUGCUGAUGUCCUACGUGUUCUAUGUAAUCCUUGAGGCACCGCUGGAGGCACUCGAAAGAUUGGCCUUUCCCAGUCGGAGAAAGGUUGAAAGGAAAGUAGAAAUCGACGAAGAAACAGAUGUACAAUCUCUGGAGCAAAGUGCUCCUCAACCCGAGUUGAAACAGGAUAACCAGGAUAUUGUUACUACCAAGGAUACAGUCACAAAACAGGAGGCUUAAACUUCAAAUGGGUUAUCAAAUAAGUAACACAUUAAGUUCCUACAU